AACGAGGAGGGCUUGAAGGAGGAGCACGCGCGGUGGCAGCUGCACCGCGCCAUCCACGGCGGGGACGUGGCCCUCAGCAAGGAGCUGCUCAGCAGCCCCGACUUCGAGUUCCUCGACGAGGUGACGAGCCACGGCCUGUUCGGCACGGUGGGCGGGCAGUCGAUAUUGCACAUCGCUGCGCGCUGCGAGCAGGCGGAGAUAGUGAAGGCCAUCCUGGCCUGCCCCCGCUUCGGCCUCUGCGACCUGCGCGACGGCUUCGGCUGCACCGCGCUGCACCUGGCAGCCUCCCAGGGCCUGUCCGAGAUCUGCGGCUUGCUGCUGGAGUGCCCGCGCUUCACGAACCUGGCGGCCGUGGACACGAGCGAGGAGGACGCGGCGACCGUGGCGGCCGAGCAGGGCUACGAGGACAUCGCGGCCAUGAUACAGGCGAAGAUGCCCAAGGCGGAGCCCGCGGCGCCAGUGGACCGGAGCAUCCCCGCCCACUGGGGCUGACCAGCCGGGGCGGCCGGCGUUGGACCGGAGCAUCCCCGUCCAUUGGGGCUGACCGGCCGGGGCGGCCAGCCGCGAGGGCGCACGGGCAUCCGCUGGGAACAGG